CCUUUAUUCCAAAUUGGAAAGAAAAACUAAGAGAACACAAUGGUACUCAUAAUCUCUUCAAUCUUGCUCAUCCUUUUUCUCCUAAUAAAAUGGUAUUCCAAUUCUACAAAAAGCAAAAACUUACCACCUUCUCCUCCAAAAUUACCUAUAAUAGGAAAUCUUCAUCAACUUGGCAGAUUACCUCAUCGCACAUUUCUAUCUUUAGCUAAAAAAUAUGGCCCUAUCAUGCAACUCCAUUUUGGUAGUGUACCAGUUCUCGUGAUCUCUUCGGCUGAUGCAGCACGUGAGAUAUUGAAAACCCAUGAUCUCGUUUUUGCAAACAGACCCCAAAAGAAAAAUUACAAGAUACUUAUAUAUGAUUGCAAAGAUGUUUCAACAGCUCCAUAUGGAGAAUAUUGGAGACAGAUAAAGAGUAUAUCAGUUUUACAUCUUCUCAGUGCUAAAAGAGUUCAAUCUCUUCGUGCCGUGAGAGAGGAAGAAGUAGGUUUAAUGAUGGAGAAAAUAAAGCACUAUUCUUCUAAAUCAUUACCUGUGAAUAUAAGUGAAUUAGCCUCCAAAAUUACUAAUGAUAUAGUUUGUAGGGUUGCUUUAGGAAGAAAAUAUGAUGGUGAAAGUGGAAAGGGAUUUAAGAAGUUGUUGAGGGAAUUUAACGAGUCACUUAGUGCUUUUAUUGUUGGAGCCUAUGUUCCUUGGCUUGAUUGGGUGACCCAUGUUUCUGGAUUUUAUGCAAGAGCAAAAAAAGUGGCUAAACAAUUUGAUGAACUUUUGGAAGAUGUAGUUGAAGAUCAUAUCAAUCGUCAGAAAGGAGUCAAUGAAGACCAUGAUGACUUUGUUGAUGUUUUGCUUUGGAUCCAAAAGACAGAAUCACUUGGCUUUCCUAUUGAUAGAACAAUUAUAAAAGCUCUCCUAUUGGACAUGUUUAUUGGAGGUACAGACACCAUAUCCAGUUUGCUAGAGUGGGAAAUGACUGAACUCAUAAGGCAUCCAAAUAUCAUGAAGAAAUUGCAAGAAGAAGCAAGGUUGGUGGCUAAUGGUAGAAAACACAUAACUGAAGAAGAUUUGAGUCACAUGAACUACUUAAAGGCAGUGGUUAAAGAAACCCUACGUUUACAUCCUCCAUUUCCAUUACUAGUCCCAAGAGUAAACACACAAGAUAUCAAAUUAAAUGGUUACCACAUUAAAGCUGGCACACAUGUUAUUAUCAAUAAUUGGAGCAUAGCAAGAGACCCUACAAAUUGGAAUCAACCUGAAGAAUUCAAGCCAGAGAGAUUCUUGAAUAAUCCAAUAGAUAUUAAAGGAAAUGAUUUGAUAUUGACUCCAUUUGGAGCAGGGAGAAGGGGUUGCCCUGGAGUAGUGUAUGCUAUAGCUGCCAAUGAAAUUGUGUUAGCCAAUCUUAUACAUCAAUUUGAUUGGGAAUUACCUGGUGGUGCUAAAGGAUUGGAGACAUUAGAUAUGUCUGAAACAAUUGGCUUUAUUGCACAUAGAAAUACUCCUCUUGUGGCACUUGCAACUCCUAAUAAGAAGUAGAUUAAAUGAGGGAGUAUUAGGCAAUAAUGAAAUUUAAGAUGGAAAAAAAAUAAAAUUUGUAAUGAUACUAAUAAUUACUAGUGGGUUUUGUUUCUGUGUUAUCCUUGAAAAAUUGUGGGUAAUUUAUUCAUCAGUCAAUCAAUAUUAGCCUCAUGAACAAAUUUGUAGGUAAA